AUGACAUAUUCCACCGGCAAAAGGUCGAGCCGUGCAUGUGUUCGCUGUCGCACACGCAAGACCAGAUGUGAUCUAACUCGAGUCGGGCUGCCGAAUAAACCCCCGUGUUUAUCUUGCCACGAGACCGAAAGUGAGUGUGUUCUGGUCCAGUCGCGACGCGGUGGCAACUUUCGCACCCCAAGGCGUUCGAAUCCACCAAGGCCCGAUACAGUACCACCAGACAACCCAGCGCAAGUUGGUCACACAGCUGAUACUGCGGCCGACGAGUCUAACGUGGGAUCCUGCAGAGCUAGGGUCUCUCCAACCACGAAUGAAGGAGCACUUGCAGGACAAGAAUUGGAUCAUGUCCUAGCUAUGGACCUCCAAAACCCGUCUGACGCUUUGCAAAUUCUGGCACAAUCAGGUCGCAAGUAUUCUCGAGAUAAUAUACGCGAUAAUGCUUCCUCCAGACACGGUACCCAUGAGGCAGGCUCAUCUACUCGAGAGCGGCGUCCGUCGAUUGAUGAAAACCGGAGCAGCGAAGACCACAGGAGCCCUGGAAUCGCCGCGUUCGACAGCUUUGAGUUGGUGCAUAGAAAGAUCUUGAGUACGGAGCUGGUAUUUGAACUAUUGCACACGUCAGUUGCCCUCUAUCACGCGUCGAUAGGAGAAUUAGAAAAGCUGAUGGUAUAUAGGUAUUCCAAAGUCUAUCAUCCAUAUUGCCCUGUUGUUCCUGGCCGCCUCCUACGCCAGCCACAGACUGUUAACUGGCAGAAGUAUGACCACUUCCUUCUCACGUGUAUUCUUACCAUUGCUUCCAGAGACGAUUCUUGCCAGUCGCUCACACACCGUUACUGUUGGGAUCAUGCACAGCGUCUUCUGGUAGACGUUCUCUUGGCAUACAAUUGGACACAGAGUCCAAGGAUCGUGGAGGGAAUCUUGUUGUUGGCCGAGUGGCUGCCCCAUAUCCAAGAUGAGCCAACCGAAAAGUCAAAAAGUCUUUUCGGCGGAGAAGCGACGGCCUGGUCGCUGGUUGGGCUCGCGGUCCGACACGGCUACCUUCAGCGCCUAGAUAGCGCUGCCUUUCGGGGCCUGAGGGAUGAUUCUUCUCAGGAACGUGCGGAGCAAAACAGAAUCAUUUGGUCAUCCGAUCGACAAAUGUCCGUCCGACUGGGACAAUCUUUUUGGUCGCGAGGCCCGUCUUUAGGCUCAAAUUUUACUGCCGAUGAUUUUCCAAGUUUGAAACCUCAACCCGAUAACGAAGGGAGUGUCGAGGACUAUGCGUCUGUGUUACAAGCCACGAUGGAGCUCACCCAAAUCCUACAUAACGCUCAUUCCAUUCUUUAUCCUUCCAAGGAGAGAACUUUGGCCAUGAUAUACGAAGGCAACUACGCCCGAUAUCUUGAUGACUUUCAAAAAGCUUCAACAUCUUGGCACUCGACCUGGUCGAGCAUCGCUGCGCCCGAAAAUAUCAAAAGUACGAUAUUCAUCAUGUAUGAAUACGUCUGCUUGUACACGAAUGCGUUCUCAUUCCAAGCAGUUUCCGUAAGAGGUCUUUCGCCGCAGAGAUCGGGCCAGAGACAUGGCAAGGAGAACAAAUCGUUCGCCACUCUGUUCUCAAAUGGGAUAAUGCAGUCUCCUGAUGGUCUCUAUAUCUCUAAUACCAUCAAUGCAGCUAUCAAAUUGCUCAACCUCAUGAAUGAACUCAACCCACAGACUGUCAUCCGUUAUCUUCCAUCGCGGUAUUACAUCUAUGGAGUCUACGCAGCAGUGUUACUACACAGAGCAGAAUGUGCCGGGGCAUUUGACAGAGGGGCUUGGCGAGAGGUACCUCAUCUGGCUCACACUUUCAUCUCUGUUCUUGAAAAGGCUCCAUCUACUGAAUCUCACAUCUGCAACAACUACGCACGUAUGCUCAGGCGUAUGUGGCAAAGUUCCCGUCCUCAUCAACCGAAUCCUCAUGUACUCCAAAGCUCCGACAACGGUUCUGUCACAUAUACAGAGAUGGAAAAUCACCCGCAUGCGUAUCAUACAAACAACCCUGCUAGCACGGACAGAUUGGCCGACUUUUCUAUGUCUUCGUUCGACAGCCCGUCAUCACUGGAAAAUGAGCUGUCCACAAUCUUCCCGACGGGGGACUAUCUCUUUGGCUCAUUUAUGCCGGGGCUAGCUGGUUUCAACGAUUUUAACUUUGACGAAUCUUACGGCCAGCAAAUUGCAUAUGAUGGCAACUUCCAAGACUAG